AAAGCCAUUGAGGAGGCUGUGGCCUCGGAAGCUGCCGAACGCUCCGCCCAGGAGAUCUGCAAGGCCAGCAACCCGCGUCUUGCUAGGAAGCCAGUUCCAGUGCAUCACGAAGAGGCCGGCAGUGAUGAGGCAUCCUCCAGUGAAGACGAUGACAUGCACCAGACAAAGCGGGAGCGCAGGAAGUUCCAACAGAAGUCCAAGGGCCAACCGGAAUGUGCUGGCUGUGGAGGCAACCAUUCCCGUGCCAAGUGUCGAUUCAGAGACGCCAUCUGUCGGACGUGUUCCAGAAGGGGCCACAUCGCUAAGGUCUGCCGGUCAGCUCCGUCUUACACCCCCCCUUCACCAACUCGCAAGUCCAAGUCUUCACUCCAGUCUGCCAAGGAAAGCUGUUUCGCUCUCACCAACUGCCGCUGCUCGUCUGGAACCACGAUUGGCCAAACCGACUCGCCUACGCGACGCAAGCUGAACGUCACAGUGCUCAUUGAAGGAGCUCCAUGUGACAUGGAGAUCGACACCGGGUCUGCCCUGUCCAUCGUGUCUUGGAGCACCAUCAAAAGACUGGUACCCAGAGUGUCCAAAAGGCAACUCGACUCUCACCGCAUACACCUGAGAGACUACCAGGGAAACGGCAUUCCCGUGGUAGGCGUUGGCCGGUUCCGGAUCGCCUUCAAGGAUUUUUCGGGCCUGCUCCGACUGGUGGUGGUCGAAGGUCAGCGGCCAAGCCUCCUAGGGCUAGACUGGUUUGAUGCCCUCGGCCUGGAAGUCACCGGCAUCAACUGCAUCACUAACGCAGAGACUGAGGGUCUGGUCAAAGCCUUUGCCGAGGUUUUUGACGGCACUUUGGGGCAAUAUACAGGUACGCCCAUCUCCUUUAGCCUUGAUCCACGCCGGGUUCCCUUUGCUCUCAAGGCUAAGGUGGACGAACAACUGGACAAGCUGAUCGCCCAAGGAGUUUUGGAGCCGGUUGACCACGCCAAGUGGGAAACCCCCAUCGUCACGCCUGUCAAGCCAGACGGGUUGGUGAGAAUCUGCGCUGACUACAAGUGCACGAUCAACAAGGCACUUCAGCAGCAUGCUUAUCCGGUUCCUGUUGUCCAACACCUGCUGCAUUCCCUGGGUGAGGGUAAGGUCUUCGCUAAGCUAGACCUUGCCCAAGCCUAUCAACAACUGCCCGUCGAUGAUGCCACUGCUGAAGCCCAGACGAUCGUCACCCACUGGGGGGCAUUCCAUUGCCACCGGUUGCAGUUCGGGGUGAGUGUGGCUCCUGGCAUCUUCCAAAGCGUCUCCUGCAUGGGCUUCCGGGCGUGGAGCGUCUCCUGCAAGGGCUUCCGGGCGUGGUACCAUAUUUUGAUGACGUCUUGGUGUCCGCAGACUCACACCAGCAGCUGUUCGGGCACCUCCAUGCCAUGCUGACCAGGUUCCAGGAGGCCGGACUCAAGGUAAAGAGGGAGAAGUGCCAGAUCGUCGUUCCACAGGUGGAGUUCCUGGGCUAUCUUAUCAACGCCUCCUGCCUUCACCCGACCACAUCCAAGAUCCGCGCUAUCCAGCAGGCCCCCAUCCCAAAGAACAAGACGGAGUUGCAGGCGUUCCUGGGGCUGCUGAACUUUUAUAACAUGUUCCUGCCCCACAAAGCCACGGUGGCUGAGCCUCUUCACCGACUCCUCAGCACAAAGACGCCUUGGUCCUGGGGUCAUCGGGAGACGGCAGCCUUCAACGCGGUCAAGGCUCUUCUUUCAUCGGACAGUGUGCUGGUACAGUACAGUGAAGCCAGGCCGCUGGUCCUUGCCUGCGACGCCUCACCUUUUGGCAUCGGCGCUGUCCUUAGUCACCGUUUUCCAGACGGAAGAGAAGCACCGCUCGCUUACUUUUCCAGGACGCUAUCGUCAACGGAACGGAAUUACAGCCAGCUCGACAAGGAGGCACUGGCACUUGUGGCUGGAGUGAAGAGGUUCCAUGAAUACCUCUAUGGCAGGACUUUCGACCUCAUCACCGACCACAAACUGCUCCUGGGCCUCCUUGCCGGUGAUCGACCAACUCCACCGGUCCUCUCGCCACGCAUGCUGCGAUGGACUGUUUUCCUGGCUGCCUACCACUACCGGCUCGUCCACCGCCCGGGGAAAUCAAUGGGCCCUGCCGACGCCCUCAGCCGUUGCCCUCUUCCAGCGUUUGUGGAAGACCCGGCUCCUGCUUCAUCGCUCCUCCUGAUUGAGGAUCUUCCGGCAGCGCCUGUAUCGGCUGCCACUGUGGCCUUCGCAUCUGCCCAGGAUCGCACCAUCAGCCGUGUGCUCAACUGGGUGUGGAGGGGGUGGCCACAAGGGCCUUUUGCAUCAGAGUUCCAGCCCUUCGCAAGCAGACAACAUGAACUCUCGGCUCAUCGCGGCUGUCUGCUGUGGGGAGACCGCGUCGUGAUUCCCCAAAGACUCCGUCAACGUGCCCUGGAGGCUCUGCACGUUGGCCACCCGGGAAUUGUCAAAAUGAAGGCGUUGGCUCGGUGUUACGUCUGGUGGCCUAACAUGGACAAUGCCAUCACUGCCUGGGUUUCUGCCUGUCAAGCGUGCCAAGAAUUGAGGCCUGCGCCACCGGCAGCUAAGGGACACACCUUGGAGACGCCCAAGACACCCUGGUCGAGGGUGCACAUCGAUCUGGCCGGCCCCUUUCACUGCCGGACCUUUAUGGUAGUGGUGGAUGCCUAUUCCAAAUGGCUGGAGGUGGUCCUGAUGCCCUCCACCACAUUUCAUCCAUCCAGCAAUGGGCAAGCGGAGAGAAUGGUGCGCUCGGCAAAGAGGCACUGGCGCGCCUGGACCGGGGAGAUUGGCACGAGCGGGUCGCCGAAUACUUGUUCGUGCAACACAUCACCCCUCAUGCGGCCACAGGGCGGAGUCCUGCUGAGCUGCUUAUGGGCCGCCGCCUCAAGUCCACGCUCGACCGGCUGCACCCGGACUUUGUCGUGGCCGAACCCCCAGGCUGUGCCAACGCACCACGGUCAUUUGUUCCAGGAAACCAGGUCUUUGCCCGGAACUAUGUGGGGGACAUUCCUUGGGUGCCAGCCACAGUAGUGGGAGUCACUGGACCUUGCUCAUACCAGGUGGCACUCGAAGACGGACGCUUGUGGCGCCGGCACAUAGACCAGCUUAGGUGCAGGGUUGGGGACUUGGACACUACUGUGGUGCCCCCAACUGUGUUCGUGGCUCCAGAAGAGACACUUACAGAUGGUGAGGCUCCACCUAGAAUCAUAGAAUCAUAGAAUCAUAGAGUUGGAAGAGACCACAAGGGCCAUCGAGUCCAACCCCCUGCCAAGCAGGAAACACCAUCAGAGCACUCCUGACAUAUGGUUGUCAAGCCUCUGCUUAAAGACCUCCAAAGAAGGAGACUCCACCACACUCCUUGGCAGCAAAUUCCACUGUCGAACAGCUCUUACUGUCAGGAAGUUCUUCCUAAUGUUUAGGUGGAAUCUUCUUUCUUGUAGUUUGGUUCCAUUGCUCCGUGUCCGCUUCUCUGGAGCAGCAGAAAACAACCUUUCUCCCUCCUCUAUGUGACAUCCUUUUAUAUAUUUGAACAUGGCUAUCAUAUCACCCCUUAACCUCCUCUUCUCCAGGCUAAACAUGCCCAGCUCCCUUAACCGUUCCUCAUAAGGCAUCGUUUCCAGGCCUUUGACCAUUUGGGUUGCCCUCCUCUGGACACGUUCCAGUUUGUCAGUGUCCUUCUUGAACUGUGGUGCCCAGAACUGGACAAAGUACUCCAGGUGAGGUCUGACCAGAGCAGAAUACAGUGGCACUAUUACUUCCCUUGAUCUAGAUGCUAUACUCCUAUUGAUGCAGCCCAGAAUUGCAUUGGCUUUUUAGCUGCCGCGUCACACUGUUGGCUCAUGUCAAGUUUGUGGUCAACCAAGACUCCUAGAUCCUUUUCACAUGUACUGCUCUCAAGCCAGGUGUCCCCCAUCUUGUAUUUGUGCCUCUCAUUUUUUUGCCCAAGUGCAAUACUUUACAUUUCUCCCUGUUAAAAUUCAUCUUGUUUGUUUUGGCCCAGUUCUCUAAUCUGUCAAGGUCAUUUUGAAGUGUGAUCCUGUCCUCUGGGGUGUUAGCCACCCCUCCCAGUUUGGUGUCAUCUGCAAAUUUGAUCAGGAUGCCCUUGAGUCCAUCAUCCAAGUCGUUGAUAAAGAUGUUGAAUAAGACCAGGCCCAAGACAGAACCCUGUGGCACCCCUCUAGUCACUCUUCUCCAGGAUGAAGAGGAACCAUUGAUGAGCACCCUUUGGGUUCGGUCAGUCAGCCAGUUACAAAUCCACUGAGUGGAAGCAUAGUCAAGACCGCAUUUUACCAGCUUCUUUACAAGAAUAUCAUGGGGCACCUUGUCAAAUGCCUUGCUGAAAUCAAGGUAGGCUACAUCCACUGCGUUCCCUUCAUCUACCAGGCUUGUAAUUCUGUCAAAAACGAGAUCAGGUUAGUCUGACAUGACUUAUUUUUCAGAAAUCCAUGCUGACUAUUGGUGAUCACAGCAUUCCUUUCUAGGUGCUCACAGACUGUUUGCUUAAUGAUCUGCUCCAGAAUCUUCCCUGGUAUUGAUGUCAGACUGACUGGGCGGUAAUUAUUUGGGUCCUCUCUUUUCCCCUUUUUGAAAAUAGGGACAACAUUUGCCCUCCUCCAGUCUGCCGGGACUUUGCCUCUUCUCCAGGAAUUCUCAAAGAUGACUGCCAGUGGUUCUGAGAUCACAUCUGCCUGUUCUUUUAAUACUCUUGGAUGCAGUUCAUCUGGCCCUGGAGACUUGAAUACAUCUAGACUAGCCAAGUAUUCUUGUACUAUCUCCUUAGUUAUUCUGGGCUGUGUUUCCUCUGCUGAAUCAUUUGCUCCAAAUUCUUCAGGUUGGGCAUUGUUUUCUUUAUCGGAGAAGACUGAGGCAAAGAAGGCAUUGAGGAGUUCAGCCCUUUCUGUGUCCCCUGUUUCUGUGUCCCCUGUGACUUGAGUCCAGGAAACGAGGGUUGAAAUCUCAUCUCUCCAAAAAUGGAAAGAAGAAGUCCCAGCAAAAAAAGGAUGGAUACAAAAACUUAUGGAACAUGGUGAAACUUACUGGGGGAAAAUAAGAAAUCAAGAUAACAAGCUUUUUAUAAAAGAAUGGAAAUGGUUUAUUGAAUAUUUACAAACAAACUUUAAACAGAUAAGAGCAUUGAAAGGAUUAUUGUAAUAACCUGCAGUUUUAUCAGAGUAUAUAUUUAAAGUAGAUGAAUAAAUGAGCAAAUUAAGUUAAUUUGGAUAUGCAGAAAAUAUUAAAAAUAAAUUUAAGAACCACAAAAAGAGGGGGAAGUAAGUCAAGUUUUGGAAUGUAAAAAUGAUUGUAAAAUUAUUGAAAUGUAUAAAAUUGAAAAUCAUAAAUAUUUUUAAAAAUGAAAUCCCAUCUCUCCCUUUGGGUCUUAAGGAGCUGCUUAUACCACACCAGGCCAUUGAUCUACCUAGUCCAGCCUUUCUCAGCCUUGGGUCCCCAGAUGUUGUUGGACUACAACUCCCAUCAUUCCUAGUCAGCAUGACCAGUGGUCAGGGAUGAUGGGAGUUGUAGUUCAAGAACAUCUGGGGACCCAAGGUUGAGAAAGGCUUAUCCUAGUCAGUGGUGUUGCCUAGGGCUGGAAGAAGCUUAGAUAGAUAAACUUUAUUCUCAUUAGCCAACGGCCAUAGCAACAUAAAACAAGCAAUAUAUACAAUUAAAAAGACAACAAUGGGUAAAAAGGACAACCAAAUGACCAAGAUUAUCUUUUUUUUUUAAUGAUAUUUAUUAAAGUUUCAGAGAAUACAAGAAUUACACAAAAACAAAAGAUAAAAAUACAAGAAAAUACAAAAUACAAAAUAAAAAGGGGGGGAAAAGAAAAAGAAAAAUGGAUCAAUCUUUCCAUAACUUACAUUCAUAUCCUUGUUUCCCUGACCUCCUCAUACCUCCCUUUUUUGUAUUCCAGUUCAAUUAGUUAAGUCAGCAAUUUCUUUCCCUCUUUGUUUUUUCAUGAUUCUUUAACUUAAUAUACUAUAACUUUAAAUUUUCAUCUGUUAUCAAUCCUUUUUUACAUACACCUUUAUAGCAUUACUGCUUAAACCACCUAGCUUCAUUCCAACAUCAUUCUAACAUUCAUUAAUUUUACAAUAUUUCUGUAAAUAGUCUUUAAAUUUCUUCCAAUCUUCUUCCACCGACUCUUCUCCCUGGUCUCGGAUUCUGCCAGUCAUUUCCGCCAAUUCCAUGUAGUCCAUCACCUUCAUCUGCCAUUCUUCCAGAGUGGGUAGGUCUUGUGUCUUCCAAUACUUUGCAAUAAGUAUUCUUGCUGCUGUUGUGGCAUACAUAAAGAAAGUUCUGUCCUUCUUUGGCACCAAUUGGCCGACCAUGCCCAGGAGAAAGGCCUCUGGUUUCUUCAGAAAGGUAUAUUUAAAUACCCUUUUCAUUUCAUUAUAAAUCAUCUCCCAGAAAGCCUUAAUCCUUGGGCACAUCCACCAAAGGUGAAAGAAUGUACCUUCAGUUUCUUUACAUUUCCAACAUUUAUUAUCGGGCAAGUGAUAGAUUUUUGCAAGCUUGACUGGUGUCAUGUACCACCUGUAUAUCAUUUUCAUAAUAUUCUCUCUUAAGGCAUUACAUGCCGUAAACUUCAUACCUGUGGUCCACAACUGUUCCCAGUCAGCCAUCAUUAUGUUAUAUCCAACGUCUUGUGCCCAUUUAAUCAUAGCAGAUUUCACCGUUUCAUCCUGAGUAUUCCCAAAUGACCAAGAUUAUCAUUCAGAUAGUGGCCCUUAAUCUCACUGCACCCUUGAUAAACCUAGCAACCUUUGCUGUUGUCUGAUCCUUUUGAUCUGAUAACAGAAAGAACAAUGUGGCCGCAGAUGGGCGGCCUGGGAUGGUAAGUAGGUGUGGGGUAAUGAUCUCAUUCCUCAGAUCUUUAUAAAGGGGGCAGGACAGGAGAGCAUGAGCCACUGUUUCCAGAUUGCCAUCUCCACAGAGGCAGAGUCGUUUCUCAGUUGGAAUCUUUUGGUAUCUGCCCUCAAGUAUGGAAGAGGGCAUCACAUCCAAUCUGGCCAGUGUGAAGGCACGUCUGUAUUUUGGGAUAGUUAAUUUAUACAAAUAUGGUGCCAGGGAAUCAAACUGAGAGGGGGAAAAGAAGGCAUACCAAGGACAGAGUUUCUUUAUAAUGGCCAGAUUAUUCUGUUGCUCUAUGUCCUUCAGACACUGUCCAAUUAGCCUUUUUGCUUUAAUAAAGCCCAUCAUGAGAAGCUGAUGUGGGUGGAGUCCGCAGGAGAUGAAUUUUUGGUGCACAAUUUUGGACCACACACUUUUAUGGGGGUCUUGUGUCACUAAGGGCAGUAGACCGGGAGGAUUUAGAUUUAGACAGAGCCAAUAAUUAAGAGUUCUUUGCCAGGACCGAGCUUCUACAGAGGGAAGACUUGCCUCCAGUCGUAAUGCUGCAUUCGGGACACAAGGUGGUACAGAAAAAAAUCUGCCUUGAAAAUUUGGAUUGGACAGUUUCAAGAAUACUGCAAUGAUUACCUGUCCAAAUUUGGGCCCCGUAAAGUAUCUGCGCCAAAGAUUUGGCUUGGAAAACUUCUAGGGCUGCUGGGAUGUAUUUGCCACCCUUCGUAUGGAAAAAACGGGAAAGCAUCUUAGCACUUUGGGCUGCUUUUUCUUUAACACAUUUUUGGUGUACAUCCCAUGACCCCGAUGCCUGGAAGACUAUGCCCAGGUAUUUAAAGGCUUUAACCUGCUCAAUUGGGUGGUUGUCCAUGCUCCAGCUAUGUAAUCUAUGUUUCCUUGCGAAACCCAUGACUUUGGUUUUCUGAUAGUUUACCACCAGCUGUUCUCUCCUGCAGUAUGCUGAGAAUUCUCCUAUCAACCUUUUUAGGCCUAUUUUUGUUCAGGAUAGGAGGACCGCAUCAUCAGCAUAUAAGAGCACUGAGAUUGGUUUUGUGGCCAAUUUAGGAGCAUGGAACUCCGGAGAUGUUAAGCUUUUAACCAUGUCAUUGAUAUAUAGGUUAAAUAAUGCUUGGGCUAAAAUGCAGCCUUUAUUAACCCCCUUGGUGGCUGGUACAGGGCCUAUGAGUUGGCCAUUUGUGGAGGAUCUUAUGUACAACACAGUAUCUUUAUAUAGGCCAUUAAAUAAAAAUAAUAAUCUUUUAUCUAUACUGGAUGUAUUCAAUUUAGCCCAGAGUCUUACUUGUGAAACUGAAUCAAAGGCAGCCUUCAAAUCAAUGAAGGCUGCAUAUAAGACCCCAUGGGUUUUCUUGGCGCAUUUGUCAAUAAGAUGUGCUAAGACAAAACAGUGAUCUAUGGUAGAUCUGCCUUGCCUAAAUCCAGCUUGCUCCUCCGCCAAGAUAGCCUCAGUGUCCAUCCAACUGGUUAAUUUGAUAUAGAGGUGUUUUGCAGAUAAUUUGCUAGGUAUAGGUAAAAGACUAAUAGGUCUGUAACUCACCGGGUCCGAUGUGGGGCCCUUUUUAUAAAUUGGGAUGAUUAUCGCCUUGGCCCACCCUUCAGGAAAUAAGCCUGUUGAAUCAAUGUGGGAGAGUACUGUCGCCAGCAGGGGGUCCCACCACCCAGUGUUGGUCUUCAGAAGUUCUGCGGGAAUAUAAUCUAUGCCAGGGGCCUUGUUGUUUUUUAGCUGUGCGAUCAAAUUCUCUACUUCCUCUGUGGUUACAGGUGGUCAGUGAGGUGAAACCUCUGGUUGCACGCUUGGCUUGUUAAACUGAGCUUCCUUAUCAUAAAACAAUGAUUGAAAGUAUCGGAUCCACUCUUGGGGUUCAACGGUACAAAUGGGUCCGUUACACUCCUGGUCCAGUAGGCCAGAUAUGGUAUGCCAAAAGCAAGUUUGGUCUUUCUCGUGUGAAGCCUUGACCAGGCUUUGCCAUGCGAUUCGCUCGGCUUUUUGCUUUCUCUUCUUUAAUAGUUGUUUGUAGUUCCGUCUUAUGGAGAUAUAUGUUAAGUUGUGGGCGAACAUAUCAGACGAAACAGCGAUUCUUCCUUUUUUUUUAUAAGCUAUUUAUUAAGAUUUUCAAGGUUUUACAAAACACACACAAAAAAGAAGAAACACAAAGUAAAAACAUUUAAAAACAAUUCUUUCCUUCCAUUACUUAACCUUCAUUUGCUUAUUUCCAGGACCUCCUCACACCUUCCUUUUUUGUAUUCCAGUUCAGUUAUUUCAUUCAGCAAAUCCCUCCCCUCUUUUGGUAUCCUAAUCAUUAGUCAUAAAAAUAUUGUAAUUUUAUAUUUUUACAUAUUGCAUAAUAAACCCUUUUUUCAUUUUCCCUUGUAACCUUUCAGCUAAAGACCACUUAGUUUCUAUCCAACAUCCUUCUAACAUCCAUUAAUUUUACAAUAUUUCUGUAGAUAAUCUUUAAACUUUUUCCAAUCUUCCUCCAUCGACUCUUCUCCCUGGUCUUGGAUUCUGCCAGGCAUUUCCGCCAAUUCCAUAUAGUCCAUCACCUUCAUCUGCCAUUCUUCCAAGGUGGGUAGGUCUUGUGUCUUCCAAUACUUUGCAAUGAGUAUUCUUGCUGCUGUUGUGGCAUACAUAAAGAAAGUUCUAUCCUUCUUUGGCCGACUGUGCCCAGGAGAAAGGCCUCUGGUUUCUUCAAGAAGGUAUAUUUAAAUACCUUUUUCAAUUCAUUAUAUAUCAUUUCCCAGAAAGCCUUAAUCUUUGGGCACGUCCACCAAAGGUGAAAGAAAGUACCUUCAUUUUCCUUACAUUUCCAGCAUUUAUUAUCGGGCACAUGGUAAAUUUUUGCAAGCUUGACUGGUGUCAUGUACCACCUGUAUAUCAUUUUCAUAAUAUUCUCUCUUAGGGCAUUACAUGCCGUAAAUUUCAUACCUGUGGUCCACAACUGUUCCCAGUCAGGAAACAUAAUAUUAUAUCCUAGAUCUUGUGCCCAUUUAAUCAUAGCAGAUUUCACAGUUUCAUCCUGAGUAUUCCAUUUCAACAACAAGUUAUACAUUCUUGACAAAAUCUUAGUAUUGGGUUCUAACAAUUCUGUUUCCAAUUUUGAUUUUUCCACCUGGAAGCCAAUUCUCUUGUCCAAAUUAUAUGCCUCCAUUAUCUGAUAGUAAUGAAGCCAGUCUCGCACUUUAUCUUUUAAUUUUUCAAAGCUCUGCAAUUUCAAUUUGUCUCCUUCUUGUUCCAAAAUUUCCCAAUAUUUCGGCCAUUUGGCCUCCAUAUUGAGCCUUUUCUGAGCCUUUGCUUCCAUCGGUGACAGCCACCUAGGGGUUUUAUUUUCCAGUAAGUCCUUAUAUCUUAUCCAGACAUUUAACAAUGCUUUCCUGACAAUAUGGUUUUUUAAUGCUUUAUGUGCUUUAACCUUGUCAUACCACAAAUAUGCAUGCCACCCAAAAACAUUGUUGAAACCUUCUAAGUCCAAAAUGUCUGUGUUCUCAAGAAGCAGCCAUUCUUUCAACCAGCAGAAUGCUGCUGAUUCAUAAUAAAGUUUAAGGUCUGGCAGGGCAAAUCCGCCUCUGUCCUUUGCAUCAGUUAAUAUUUUAAAUUUUAUUCUGGGCUUCUUGCCCUGCCAGACAAAUCUAGAGAUGUCUCUCUGCCACUUCUUGAAACAAUCCAUUUUAUCUAAGAUUUGCAAUGAUUGAAACAAAAAUAACAUUCUUGGCAAUACAUUCAUCUUUAUAACAGCAAUUCGGCCUAACAAGGAAAGCUUCAAGUUUGACCAUAUCUCUAAAUCCUUUUUCACUUCUGACCAACAUUUCUCAUAAUUGUCUUUAAAUAGGUUUAAAUUCUUAGCAGUCAUAUUAACCCCCAAGUAUUUUACUUUCUUAACCAAUGUUAAACCUGUCUCCUUCUGAAACCUCUCUUUCUCAAUCGGUGUUAGAUUUUUCUCAAGCACCUUAGUUUUUAACUUGUUCAACUUAAAUCCUGCCACAUGACCAAAUUCCUGAAUCAUUUCUAAUACUCUUUUAGUACUAGUUUCUGGCUCCUGUAACGUCAAUACCAAAUCAUCUGCAAAAGCUUUCAAUUUGUACUGUUUAGCUCCGACCUGUAUACCUUUAAUCAAACGGUCCCUUCUAAUCAUAUUUAGCAAAACCUCCAGGACCGAAAUAAACAACAAUGGGGAAAUUGGGCAGCCUUGUCAUGUCCCUUUCUCUAUCUUAAAUUCCUCUGUCACCACAUUGUUAACUAUUAGUUUGGCCUUUUGUUCUGAAUAAAUUGCACUGACACAGCGAUUCUUCCAAAGCAGCUCUUUAUUUGUAAGCUGGAACAGAACUGACUGAGGAGCUCAGUCAGCCUGCUUAUAUAGAGCUCCAGAACAAUGUAACUGUUGCCAUUUUCUAAAACUAUCCAAUCACUGACGUCACUUUCGAUCCUUCAUUUGUAUACAAACUAUCCAAUCACUGAACGUCACUUUCGAUCCUUCAUUUGCAUAACUAUCUACAGUAUCCCCCUGCUGGCCCAGGGUGAGAACUUCAGUACAUAACACCCCUCCCCACCGAGAUAAGGUGUUAGUUACAAUCGUAAUGGUUUCCUUAUAUACAGCACUACACGUAAUGGUUCAAGUAGGCACAAAAGCAUAUUGGUUACAUUUCACAUACUUAGACCAACAUGUCCAACAACAGUCCUUUAAAAAAGUUGGGCGCUUGGAAACUCUGCCAGACCUCCGGGGACUGGUAGCCAAGUCCGGGGGGCCACACAAUUCUUGCUGAGGCUGUGGUGCGACCCUAGGUGGCGUUGAAACCAAGUCCCCUGGAUCCGCUGCUGUGGGUGGAGCCUCCGCAAGUGGAGUGGUCUGAGCCUGUGGUAAGUCUGGCAGACCCUCUGAAGCGGCUUGGUUCGGCUCCACGCUGGCAGUUUGCGAGACAGCACGCAGACCUAGUGGUGGGAGGAAAAAAUCCUUAAAUAAGAGACACGGGGGAAUGAUUAAUGGACUUCAAUGUCUGUACACUAAUGCGCAAAGCAUGGGAAAUAAACAAGAUGAGCUUGAGCUCUUGGUACAGCAAACUAAAUAUGACAUAAUAGGCAUCACUGAAACCUGGUGGGAUAAGUCCCACGAUUGGAAUGUAAUAAUGGGGGGAUACAAUCUAUUUCAGAGAAACAGACCAGACAAGAAAGGAGGAGGUGUGGCGUUAUAUGUCAGGGAUGUGUAUACCUGUGAAGAGAUCCAAGAUUUAGAACCUCAAAGCCAAAGUGAGAGCAUUUGGGUCAAAAUUAAGGGAGAGAAGAAUAACAGUGACCUCAUUGUGGGAGUUUACUAUAGAUCCCCAAGCAAAACGGAGGACAUAGAUGAUGCCUUCCUGGAACAGAUGGCCAAGCAUGCAAAAGGAAGGGAGAUAGUAGUAAUGGGGGACUUCAAUUACCCGGAUAUUUGUUGGAUGUCAAACUCAGCCAAGAGCAUAAGGUCAAACAGAUUCCUCACUGGCCUUGCAGACAACUUCAUUGUCCAGAAAGUGGGAGAAGCAACAAGAGGAACAGCCAUUUUAGAUCUGGUCCUAACCAAUGCUGAUGACCUGGUUAGUGGGGUAGAAGUGGAAGGAUCAUUAGGCGCGAGUGAUCAUGCUCUUCUGAAGUUUACUAUACAGCGGAAGGGAGCAGCCAAGCAUACUAGGACUCAAUUUCUUGACUUUAAGAAAGCCGACUUCAUAAAACUUAGGGAAGUGCUGGGUGAGAUCCCAUGGACAGUAAUACUAAAAGGAAAGGGAGUUCAUGAUGGCUGGGAGUUUGUUAAGAGGGAGAUAGUAAAAGCACAACUUCAGGCAAUACCAUUCAGACGGAAACAUGGAAGGUGCCUAAAGAAGCCAGGGUGGCUAUCUAAAGAACUUUUAACUGAGUUAAGAUUUAAAAAGGAUGUGUACAAAAAAUGGGAAAGGGGGGAAACCACCAAAGAGGAAUUCAAACAUAUAGCCAGCAUGUGUAGACACAAAGUCAGAAAAGCUAAAGCACAGAAUGAACUCAGGCUUGCUAGAGAGGUUAAAAGCAACAAAAAAGGCUUUUAUGGGUAUGUUCGUAGCAAAAGGAAGAACAAAGAAACAGUGGAGUCACUCAGAGGAGAAGAUGGUGAAAUGCAAACAGGGGACAGAGAAAGGGCUGAACUCCUCAAUGCCUUCUUUGCCUCAGUCUUCUCCGAUAAAGAAAACAAUGCCCGACCUGAAGAAUUUGGAGCAAAUGAUUCAGCAGAGGAAACACAGCCCAGAAUAACUAAGGAGAUAGUACAAGAAUACUUGGCUAGUUUAGAUGUAUUCAAGUCUCCAGGGCCAGAUGAACUGCAUCCAAGAGUAUUAAAAGAACUGGCAGAUGUGAUCUCAGAACCACUGGCAGUCAUCUUUGAGAAUUCCUGGAGAACAGGCAAAGUCCCGGCAGACUGGAGGAGGGCAAAUGUUGUCCCUAUUUUCAAAAAGGGGAAAAGAGAGGACCCAAAUAAUUACCGCCCAGUCAGUCUGACAUCAAUACCAGGGAAGAUUCUGGAGCAGAUCAUUAAGCAAACAGUCUGUGAGCACCUAGAAAGGAAUGCUGUGAUCACCAAUAGUCAGCAUGGAUUUCUGAAAAAUAAGUCAUGUCAGACUAACCUGAUCUCGUUUUUUGACAGAAUUACAAGCCUGGUAGAUGAAGGGAACGCAGUGGAUGUAGCCUACCUUGAUUUCAGCAAGGCAUUUGACAAGGUGCCCCAUGAUAUUCUUGUAAAGAAGCUGGUAAAAUGCGGUCUUGACUAUGCUACCACUCAGUGGAUUUGUAACUGGCUGACUGACCGAACCCAAAGGGUGCUCAUCAAUGGUUCCUCUUCAUCCUGGAGAAGAGUGACUAGUGGGGUGCCACAGGGUUCUGUCUUGGGCCCAGUCUUAUUCAACAUCUUUAUCAACGACUUGGAUGAUGGACUCAAGGGCAUCCUGAUCAAAUUUGCAGAUGACACCAAACUGGGAGGGGUGGCUAACACCCCAGAGGACAGGAUCACACUUCAAAACGACCUUGACAGAUUUAGAGAACUGGGCCAAAACAAACAAGAUGAAUUUUAACAGGGAGAAAUGUAAAGCAUUGCACUUGGGCAAAAAAUAUGAGAGGCACAAAUACAAGAUGGGUGACACCUGGCUUGAGAGCAGUACAUGCGAAAAGGAUCUAGGAGUCUUGGUUGACCACAAACUUGGCAUGAGCCAACAGUGUGACGCGGCAGCUAAAAAAGCCAAUGCAAUUCUGGGCUGCAUCAAUAGGAGUAUAGCAUCUAGAUCAAGGGAAGUAAUAGUGCCACUGUAUUCUGCUCUGGUCAGACCUCACCUGGAGUACUGUGUCCAGUUCUGGACACCACAGUUCAAGAAGGACACUGACAAACUGGAACGUGUCCAGAGGAGGGCAACCCAAAUGGUCAAAGGCCUGGAAACGAUGCCUUAUGAGGAGCGGCUAAGGGAGCUGGGCAUGUUUAGCCUGGAGAAGAGGAGGUUAAGGGGUGAUAUGAUAGCCAUGUUCGAAUAUAUAAAAGGAUGUCACAUAGAGGAGGGAGAAAGGUUGUUUUCUGCUGCUCCAGAGAAGCGGACACGGAGCAAUGGAUCCAAACUACAAGAAAGAAGAUUCCACCUAAACAUUAGUGUAAUAAAUUUAGAGGUUGCUCGUGCGUAAGUUGGUGCCACUCCUGGCUCUGUCAAAGGGCUCCAGUGUUCUCCUCCUCCUCCUCCUCCUCCUCCUCCUCCUCCUCCUCCUCCUCCUCCUCGGACUCGGACUCUGCUCCUGCCUGGCCACAUCCAAGGGCCGAAGCGCUGCUGGAAAAAGUGGGUGGUCUUUCGUAGGGAGACUCCAAUGCAAAUAACUCAAGGAUGGGCUCCUAGGGAUUAUGAGAAUUAGCCUGAUCUCCUGCCAGUCCAUCAAUAUUCGAGCCAGACGUAUUAUUUAAACACUCCUGUGUGUUUAAAGGGGAAUGUUAAAACUCUGCUAAGUUAUAGAACUUGCUAACACAAGUUAGGAAGGAUAUUAAUAAACAAUAUAUCCUCUCCUGCCUCCCUGAACAUUCCCACAUAACCCAUCCAUGAGGUGGGCUGAGGCAGCAGCCUCAGGAGGCAGGACACCAAGAGGCAGCACCCCCACCAGUGCCCGCCUCCGCCACGGCUGGCUUCCAGCCAGAUCUCACCAGCAUCUCACGCAUUCUCGCCAACCUUUCACUGUAUCUCCUGUGCUCCAUGAGAUGUUGCAAGAGCUCAGCGAGAGCUUGCGAGAGCUCACCAGAACCCGCCAUUGCUCUGCUGCCGCAGCCACACAACCCAGGUGAGGGAUACUUUGGCGCAGGGCAGCAGCACCUGGAUUGCUCAGUUGGUUAGCGUGUGAUGCUAAUAAUGCCAAGGCUGCAGGUUUGGGGCAGCUGCAUAUUCCUGCAAUGCAGGGGGUUGGAGUAGAUGACCCUUAGGGGUAUUUCCAGCUCUAUGGUUCUAUGCUUCCCAUUUUGCCUCAGGUGGCAAAACAGGAUGGGCUGCCCUGGCCUCCUUGGCCCUGACUGCUGGCAACAGAGAAGCUUUGGUUCUACAGCCUUAGGUCUAUGGUUAAAUUCGCUGAAUUUAACAGAAUUUCCUAACUGUGUAUGGAGAUUUAAAAGGUUAGGAUUAGAACCAAGCGUCAAUAGAUUUGCAACGACACUUGUCUCUGUGUGGUGAGGCUGCCUUAUCGAUCUGCAACUCUGGCUUCCAAAAAUGUCCCUUGGCAAAAUCUAUUUCUCUGUGAUGUCUAUGCUGAGGAGUGUUCUGAACCCUCAAUGCAUCAGAAGAAUGUGCUUCAUGCAGUUGUUGCUCUUUGUUUCUGUUCUUUGUACUCUGUUAUUUCUGAAAACUCCAUAAACACACAAAUAAAUAAAUAAAUGUUUCCUCAUUUUUAUGUCAUGGUUUAUCAUUGUCUUUUGACUGACAAUAUCGACCCUCGCACAUACCCUCAGCAGGGGCCUCCUCCCUCUUGGGGAGGGGGUUCUGCACGUAGGAAUAGAAUGACUGGGCAGCCCCAGAUGAGCUGCUGCCCUUCAGCUUGACAAGAGGGAGAAUCUGCAAGUGCCAGAGCCAGUCAGGCAGCUGCCAAGGCCCUGUUCCAUGGCGUGUGGGCCAUAAACCCAGCACAACAUGAUCCCUGGAUCCAUCGCUGUGUGCCUUCAGCCUACCACCUGCCAGGGUUAGGGUAGCCAGACCGCCAGGUCUGACUUGAAACCUUCAGGUUUGCCUGGUCCCCUCCAGGUGGCAGGUGGAGGGCUUAAAUCUCCAGGUAGGUGAGAAAUAUAUAUAUAUAUUAAGAUAUUAAGAGUUGCCAUAUUUUGAACAUCAAAAAAGAGGGCAGGUGAAGGUGGAGAAGGUGGCAGUGCCAGGCAGAAGCUGCAGCGCUAGCAUGGGACAGCCUUGCACCUCUAUUUGUGUUGUCACCCACAACGGAUGCCCCAAGCGCCUCUUCACAUACGAAGCUCCCCGCACCCCCCCUGCUUUUCUCAUCUCCCUCCAUGCACACCACACCCCCUCCCACCAAAUCCCCACGCUACAAAGUGGCUGGGUCGAAGGCGACGAGGGUCUUCUCCAGAACUCCAGAUGGCCAGAACAUGCCUCCUCCACUGCUUCUGAGGCCUCUCAGUCAGGCGUCUCAUGCAAGGACAUGGUGGGGAGCGUGUGGUGGGAGCGGAAAGUAGAUCGCGGCUUUUGGUUGAACCAAGGAAAGGGGGUACAGAUUAGAAUUCCUUCCCGCUGCCGUUUCUCUAGCCUCGAACAGGACCCAGGGUGUGGGAUCCCAUUUCCCGCUGCCUUACCAAAGAGCGAAGGGCAGCUGUCACAGGGCCGUCACCCACCUCUCAGAUCCAGCAUUCCCAUAUGCCUAGUCCUAUUUAUAGAGGCUGCCUGCUCCUUGCAUAUUUGUUUCGUGAACAAGAGCACAUUCAGAGGCUUAUCCCAGUGGGGUGGAUGGGAAGACGAUCGCUCUGGCAUGGCUUAUGAACCUAAGCACAGACGCAGCACGGAGGCUGGGAUCUCUCUAUUAAGAAGUCUCUCCACAGCCAGCUCAGAGGAUAACCCAGAUCCGUUUGCUCCAAGUCCCCACCUGCUGCUGCCAUAAAUGAUGGAGGACAGUGGUGAAAAUCCCCAUUGCCUAAAUUAAAAGGCUUGUGUACCCUGUGAGUAGCAAGCCUCCCUGAUCCCUCCUCCUUGUGUCUCUUCCCAAGUGACGGUCAUCUCCAGUGCAGGAGGAGCAAGCAACAUCAGGACCCCCCUGGCUCCCUGAUCCUCGGAGCCUGCCUGCACCCCACUUUCAAAUGCAACUGACAUCCUAGUUCACAACCCUCACCACCCCACCCAAGGGAUUCUGCAAGCUGUGGUUCUGUGGGAGGACUAGGGAAUUCAAAGAAAGGAUUCUGGAGAACUCCUUCAGGGAACCUCUCCCAGGAUUUCUUGGAAAUUUCCUUGAUGGUCAAACCACAUACAUGUAAAGCGAGAAAAACAAAGGUAUGCGGCAGGGAAUAUACUCCUCCUUUCUUCUGUGGGGAUCAUCUCUGUGUACAAAAAACACCAGUGGACUUCUGGCUCUGGUAGAAAUAACUCAAUGUCAUCAUUUGUUGUUGUUUAGUCGUUGAGUAGUGUCUGACUCUUCGUGACCCCCUGGACCAGAGCACGCCAGGCACCCCUGUCUUCCACUGCCUCCCGCAGUGUCAUCAUUUACAGGGCCCAAAUACCUCAUGGUCACUAUGCUACACCAGGGCAUUUGUGCACACCUGGGUCACUGUUCCCAUGUGGCCAUUGGUGGGCCUUCAUCUCCCCAUGAGCACUGCCAGGUCUAAACCAGGGUAUUCCCCUCCCUGCUAGUAGGUAGUACUUGAUUUUUUGACGCUGUGUCCCCUCCAUGAGUACGUCCCUGCCCACGCUGAUGUCCGUUGUGUGCAUGCACAUGGGGACUUAUUUAACUUGGCAUGUGCACCUUGAAAACAUUUUUUAUUGUUUUUGAAACACAUAUUUCUUGAUAUCUCAGAUUGGCAUGAAAUAACAGUGAAAAAAAUGGUUGAAAACACAUGUUCCUCCAAGACAGGCAAGCCUCUGCAAUUGUUUGCACCAAAUGCUGCCACUUCCUUUCCCACCUUCUGUGCCUGCAAGGGGAAAUUUAAUUUUUUUAUUUUAAUACAGCUGUUUUGUGCAAAAGCACUUCUGUGCAAAGGAGCUGUUUUAAAAAUAAAAGCACAGGGAAUGUGCCUUCACCAACAAUGGGUCAAGAAGGGCCACCUGGCUGGGGCGGGGGGCGGGGAGGGAUAGAACGCACCCAGCAAAAUGUUGCCACCCUUGUAGAAAGCCCUGCUCACUCCACAUGUGCCCACAGAAGAAGAAGAAGAAGAGUUUGGAUUUGAUAUCCCGCCUUUCACUCCCCUUCAGGAGUCUCAAAGCGGCUAACAUUCUCCUUUCCCUUCCUCCCCCACAACAAACACUCUGUGAGGUGAGUGGGGCUGAGAGACUUCAAAGAAGUGUGACUGGCCCAAGGUCACCCAGCAGCUGCAUGUGGAGGAGCGGAGACGCGAACCCGGUUCCCCAGAUUAGGAGACUACCGCUCUUAACCACUACACCACACCGGCUCUCACCACACAGCAAUUCUCUAUUGGAUUCACUUCUCUUCUUGGAUUAUCCACAGAUUGAGAAAAUUUGGAUUUGAGCGGGUGAGGGAAUUUGUUGGUGGCAAGGGAAAAAAAGAUAUAAAAAGAAUUUCCUGGGAGCCAAGAUCCAGGAUUGUGGCAAGUACUCUUUGGUGAGAGAACCCCAGCAGAGAUUUAAAAUCACACUAUGUGCAGUGCAAAUAUAGACUGUUAAACCUUUAAAAUAUGCCCUUGUGAGUUCCCAAAUAGUUGCCUCUUCCCUCAGCAAAGAAAAAGACCACACGCUUGGUAGGUUUAAAAUGGUUUGUAAGUAAAAAUGGUUUACUUACAAACUCUCCAAUGGUCAGAACCAUGUGUUUUUCCAUACAGCAUUCAAAAAAAGUUGCAGAGGCAGUAAAACUUGGCUUAGUUACAGUGGUGAAAGUUCCUAAAUAAUUAUCGGUAUAGGAAUUGAGGAGGGGUUUGUAAGAGCCACGAGGUCUGAGCUUGGAGCAAGCCGCUCAGAUCUCUUUACAUGCUGAGCGUCUCAGGUAGACUGAGGGUGAACAAUAGGCUUGAUUACCUUUUCCCCAAGGUGAGGGGGAGUGACCUAGCUAAGCCUGGCAAGACAGCUUACUCUAUGGCAUUAACCCCUUCAUGCAUUAAUUAGGAUAAGCAUGUUUGUUAUAUGAAGCUGGUUACCCCACAGAAUUGCAGGCUGCCACUUGGAUGAGGAAGAUGUUGCGUGGAUGCCACCAAAAGAACCCCUAUAGGCACAAGCCUCUAGGCACCUUCAAAUCUACAUUAAGCUCCAGUGUGGAUGAGGCUACAGUCAGCACAGCCAGGAAUGUACAGAUGGGCUGAAAACGUAUUGUGCAUCCAAAGCACAUCUCCUCCACCCCCAAGAACCCUGAGGACUAUAGUUUACCUCUCACAGACCUACAAUACCCAGCACCUUAAACUAUAGUUCCCAGGAUUCUUUGGGAGGGGGUAUAAUGCUUGAAGAGCCAGCUUUACCUAAUGGGAUAAUUGCACAGAUGCCUCGAGUGAGCCUAGCAAAGGCCCUUGUGCUGUGCACAGUGAAGCAACCUGCCUUCUCCAGAGCUGCUCUCCCACGGAGGGGGAAGGGAUGCGUGCAGGAAGGACCACUGGUGCCCCUUAUGGAGAUGGGUGUGUGCAGCUUGAGGCAUGUGCCCAGGGGGAUGUGGCCAUCCCAUGGCCUGCAGUGGGGAUAGGCUGCCAUGGUGAAAGUGGGAGGGGAGACGGGGGGCAGGUAAUGAGAUGAUAGCAAGGCACCCAGCAGCAGCUCAGAUUUCAUCCUGUGGUCGAAAUUACAAACCAUCAUAUUUUGAAAGUGAUGCUGACAUUCCUCAGCCGGGAGGCGUUGCCAAAAACAACUUGAGCACAGCUUGUCUUGGCACACGCUCAAAAUCAGGGCCUCAGCA